AUGGCCAGGAUGCUCGCCCUGCUGCUGCUGGCACUGCCCCUCAUGUCCAGUGCAGCCCUGGCCGCCCCUGCCCUGGGCCUGGCCAUGGAGCGCGUGGGCAUAGUGGGGGGACAAGAGGCCCCCAGGAACAGGUGGCCCUGGCAGGUGAGCCUGAGAGUCAACCUCACCUACUGGAUUCAUAUCUGCGGGGGCUCACUCAUCCACCCUCAGUGGGUGCUCACCGCUGCACACUGCGUGGGACCGCACAUCAUCAGCCCUGAGUUUUUCCGUGUGCAGCUCCGCGAGCAGCACCUCUAUUACCGGGAUAGGCUGCUCCCCAUCAGCCGCAUUGUCCCCCACCCCGACUAUUACACUGCCCAGUUCGGAGCUGACAUCGCCCUGUUGGAGCUGGAGGAGCCUGUGAACAUCUCCCACCACGUGCGGCCCCUCGCCCUGCCCCCUGCCUCGGAGACCUUCCCUGUGGGCACGCCAUGCUGGGUGACCGGCUGGGGCAACGUGGACAAUGGCGGUAGUCACUCCCCACCACCGUAUCCCUUGAAGCAAGUGAAGGUCCCCAUUGUGGAGAACCAUCUCUGCGACAUAAAGUACCAUGGUGGCCUCUACACGGGUGAUAAUGUCCACAUUGUCCGGGAUGAUAUGCUGUGUGCUGGAAACAGCCGGAAGGACUCCUGCCAGGGAGACUCUGGAGGGCCACUGGCGUGCAAGGUGAAUGGCACCUGGCUGCAAGCAGGAGUGGUCAGCUGGGGCGAGGGCUGUGCACAGCCCAACCGGCCAGGCAUCUAUACCCGUGUCACCUACUACUUAGACUGGAUCCACCGCCAUGUCCUCAAGCACCCCUGAGCCAGAGGACAACUCCACCAGAGGAGAGCCAGCAUCCUCUCCCUGCUGGGGGAAUGGGGGGCUUCCCCAU